AGUCACUCUGGUCGGGUCUUUUAUUUGGUAAAGCUGCAGGUUGGGAAGCCGUUUUUGCAGAACGACAAUGCAGUGGUUGGUGAAGGCUGCAACGGUCAUGUUGUUCCUGUCGGGUUUAACAAGAUGUGAAAACGGGAGGAGGAAGGGACGGAAAGAUGACAGCCAUGGCGUCGUUGCAAAGACUAAAAGUCCGGUUUGCCAAGUGGAUAUCAUGUUUGUCGUGGACGGUUCAGAGAAAGCCAAAGCUACGCUGUUCGAGCAACAGAAAGAUUUCAUCCUGAGAUUCAGCGCCAAACUUCUUCAUCUUCACUUGGACGGCUGGACCCUGAAGCUGCGUCUGGCCGCUCUGCAGUACAGCAACACCGUGGUCGUGGAGCACAACUUCAGAGACUGGCAAGACAUGGACGUCUUUCAGAGCAGAGUGGCCUCCAUGACCUUCAUAGGCCACGGUACCUACUCCGCCUUCGCCAUUAGGAACGCCACGCGGGUGUUCAUCCAUGAGACGAGCUCCACUAGCCUCAGGGUGCUGCUGUUUAUGACCGACGGUGUGGACCACCCGCGGAGCCCCAGCGCCGUGAUGGCGGCCGCCGAAGCCAAACAACACAACAUCCGAGUGUUUGCCAUCCGCCUCUCCAAGAUGGACAUAAACGAUCCCAUUGGUGCAAAGCUGCGCUUUAUUGCUAGCGCUCCCCAGCAGCAGUACGUCUUUAGUCUGACAGACGGUCAUUUGGACCAAAGACUCUUCAAUCAACUGCAAACCAUCGUAAACACCGGGUGUCCACAUCCAAAACGCUGCUUGUGCGAGAGGGGCCCGGUUGGAAACCCAGGCAGGCCGGGCAAGCCAGGCUCUGGUGGAGCUCCAGGUCCAAAGGGGUCUCUUGGGGAGUCUGGCAUGAAUGGACACCCAGGGAGGGAAGGCCUUCAUGGUCAACCUGGCCGUAAAGGUGAAAAGGGCCAACAAGGUGAAUGUGGUCCUGCUGGAAAACAAGGAGAAAAAGGUGCCAUCGGCUCUUCUGGCCCAAGGGGCCCGAGAGGGGAGAAGGGUGCCCGUGGAGCAGCCGGAGACCAAGGUCCGGAAGGUUCAUCUGGGUCUAAAGGUGACAGAGGACCAAGAGGUGCAAAUGGACCUCCAGGAGAUAACGGCGUCGGGUUUCCCGGUCCAAAGGGCAACAAAGGGAACCAAGGAAAAGCAGGUCAACCUGGACUAACUGGUACCGGUGAACCAGGAGUGCCUGGUCCACCGGGGCCUCCAGGGAUCCAAGGAUAUCACGGACUUCAGGGUGAAGGUCUCCCAGGGCCCAAGGGUGACAUAGGAUACGGGGGCCCCAAAGGCAGUCGAGGGCCCCCAGGACUUGGUUACAAAGGUGAUAAGGGAGUCUCAGGGGCACCCGGUCUUCCAGGUGGGAUGGGUUUAGCAGGGGCGGGUCUCCAAGGAGAGAAGGGAGAUGAAGGACCACCUGGGCCUUCUGGCCUACGAGGACCUCCUGGGUUGGGUAUUGUCGGACCCAAGGGUGACCAGGGUUUCCCUGGGGAGGCCGGGCCCCAAGGAGAGAGGGGUAUUUGUGAGCAAGGACCAAAAGGGGAGCCGGGGCCACGUGGUCCAAUGGGCAGUCCUGGAAUUCCCGGGGAAGACGGAGCUGCUGGGUCAAAGGGAACAAUGGGGUUGCCAGGUGAACGAGGUCAAGAAGGAGCAGAAGGGAAAGGUAUCCCUGGGGAGAAGGGUGAUCGAGGGGAUUGUGGGCUACAGGGACUCCCAGGGCCUCCAGGCUCAGGUGGACCAGUGGGAGCUAAGGGAGAGACUGGCAACCCAGGAAUGGUGGGCCGACCUGGAACACCCGGGCGGGGUCUUCCCGGACCAAAGGGAGAACUUGGACCUGUAGGACCUACUGGACCUAUCGGAGAACCUGGAGUGGGGACUAUUGGACCCAAGGGAAGCAAAGGGAUUCCUGGUCCUGCCGGGCCACCAGGAAUGAAGGGGGAUAGUUUUUCAGGACCACAGGGGCUACGUGGGUUACCUGGAGUCCAAGGAGAGAUGGGCCCUGAAGGGAAAGGUCUACCUGGGCUUAAGGGCAGUAGAGGCUUACCGGGAGUCUCUGGACCAUCUGGUCCUCCAGGAAAUGGACUGUUUGGACCAAAGGGAUCUCCAGGGCAGUCUGGUCCACCAGGUCCCACUGGACCUUCAGGAGAGGGCAUUCGAGGACCAAAGGGAGAACCUGGCUUCCAAGGCCCCGUGGGUCCCCGUGGCGCACCGGGUGAUGGAUCUCCCGGCGAAAAGGGAAAUAGAGGCAUCUCUGGUGAAAGAGGAAGGAAAGGAGAUAAGGGUGACUAUGGUGCGCCUGGGCAUACAGGACUUAUGGGGAGACCCGGAGAAAAGGGUGAACCGGGACUGACUAGAGAAGAGGUGGUCCGAAUCAUCCAGGAACUCUGUGGCAUGGGGGGAAGCAUAGCGGAUCACGUUUGCGGCCAGGAUGACACACAGGCGUUACUGUCAAACUCUAUCUCAUCACCUGAUCAUCUCCACCAGGAGGGUCCAGUUGAUAAAUUUGGGCAGAAGCCUGAAGGUGAAGCACCUGAAGAUGUGCAGACAUGGCUGCCACCACCAGAGGACACCAAGCUUGACCCUAAUGAUGGGGAGAGGGAACGUGGCCCUGCGACCACCACAGUCCUGCUUCCAACACCUCACCCGCAUGAAGACAUGAACCGGCCUCUUCAAGCCCCGACACGCUCACCUGUGGCAGGUGGGAGCUGCCGUCUGCCCCUGGACCCGGGUCCCUGUCGGCGCUACGUCGCCAGAUGGUACUACGACCCGGAAGCCAAUGCCUGCGCCCGCUUCUGGUUUGGCGGUUGUCAGGGCAACAACAACAACUUUGAGACGGAAGAGAGCUGCGGGAUUUCCUGUGUGGUCACAUGACAUCUUUUCUUAUCGAACCAACCUCAGGCUAGUUUAUAAAAAUUUGACCAUGAGCUCAUCCUUCCUUUUUUUCAUCCUUUUGGAUGAAAAAUCACUAUUUUUUUUACAGACUUAAUCCAAAUCUUAAGACCAGUUGAAAAAUUAAAAUAUUGAAUUUAAUUAAAAUAUGCGUUUUGAACAUUUAUACUGAAAUAGGUUGUUUUUCCACAUGGCAAUAAAAGCUAAAAAACUGCUAAAAAUGCUAAUUUUCUGUCAGGCAUUCACACGGUCAUAACCUCCUGAUGGCUAAAGCUAAGAAGCUUUAAGCUUUUAACAUUUUUGGAAAAGUCCUAAGCAUUACACCCCCCCCCCCCCAAAAAAAAAUGACACCUGUACUGAACCAGAGGAUCCGAUUGGCUGUUCCGUCAAAACACAAGGUGGUCCUCGACCCAAAUGAAGUCCCUUACUGGUGCCGACUGGAACCAUCUGCGGGACAAGGGUUUCAAAACCAAAUAAUUAAUUAAAAAAAAUGUAACCUUGGCGGUCCAGAUGUCUUCCAACAUUACUGGCAUGACAAGGAGAUCCUACCUGAGAUGGAGAUGGAGCUUCGGAUGGUGCAGGGUCGUCAAACGGUUUUGUACAGAUGUUGCAGCGGGCAAUCCUGAUGACUGAAGGUCCUGGUCUGUGUGGUAACUGCCGGGUUCUUCAACAGGACAACGACGCAGUUCGGAAUUCUGGCUUGACCAAAGACUUCUUCAGGGAGAAUAACAUCCCUCUUUUUUGGACCGUCCCGCAUGUUCCCCAGGUUUAAAUCCCUUAGAGAACAUUGAAGGAUGGAUGGGAAGGGAAGUUUAUAAAACUUACCAUCAGUUCUAGACAGUUGAUACCCUUGGUGAUGCCUUCAAUGUCCAUAAUAGCCUCCUGGAAAACACUCGCAUCAAGCAUGUCUAAAGCUAUUUUUGAAGCAAUUAACAAGAAUGGUGGAGCUUCUCAUUACUGAGAUACAGCCCCCCCCGAGGAAACACUGGAGUUAAAAGCUGAAGACUAAGAGCAUAAAAUAGGACUAAAAAGAUAAAAACUGGAGUUAAAAACUGAAGACUAAGAGCAAAAAAUAGGACUGAAAAGAUAAAAACAAAACACGAGUUAAAAGCUGAAGACUAAGAGCAAAAAAUAGGACUAAAAAGAUUUUUUUUAAAAACACUGGAGUUAAAAGCUAGACUAAGAGCAAAAAAUAGGACUAAAAAGAUAAAAAAAAACACGAGUUAAAAGCUGAAGACUAAGAGCAAAAAAUAGGACUAAAAAGAUUUUUUUUUAAAAACACUGGAGUUAAAAGCUAAAGACUAAGAGCAAAAGUAGGACUAAAAAAAUAAAAACAAAACACUGGAGUUAAAAGCUGAAGACUUAGUGCAAAAAAU